AUGAAUCCCCUUAGUUGGAACUGCCGGGGGCUUGGGAACCCCCGGUCAGUUAGAGCGCUGCAUGACAUUGUGCAUCGUUGGAAGCCCAAAAUCGUCUUCCUCAUGGAGACUAAAUCGAAAGUUAAGCGUAUGGAGAGAAUAAAAAAUAGAGUCGGUUUCGCUAAUGGUUUUAUUGUUCCCAGUCAAGGCAGAAGUGGGGGUGUUGCUUUAUUUUGGACUCGUGACAUUAAUCUUGAAAUUAAGAGCUUCUCUGGGAACCACAUUGAUGCCGUUGUUAGGGAAGCAGAUAGCAAUUUCUUGUGGAGGAUCACUGGCUUUUACGGCCAUCCGGAAACUCAUCGAAGGUAUGACUCUUGGCGCCUUCUCGCUUUUUUACAUAGUCAGUUCCAACUCCCAUGGCUAUGCCUGGGAGAUUUUAAUGAGAUAUUGUCAAUGGAUGAAAAAGCAGGAGGUUCUAUUCGUUCACAGCAGCAAAUGGAUGGUUUUAGAAAUGUUGUGGAUUUUUGUGGAUUCUCUGAUUUAGGCUACUGUGGAACUGAUUUCACCUGGAGCAAUAUGCAAGAAGGUGAACACAAUAUUCAACUGAGGCUGGACAGAGCUUUAGCUACCCCUGAAUGGGUUGAGAAUUUUGAAGGAAUGAGAGUCUAUCAUCUUGUAGACUCCACCUCGGAUCACUGUGCUUUGUUUCUCACUGAUUCUCCGCCUCGACGUUCUUCCUAUGUCAAACGUUUCCAUUUUGAGGCACUGUGGACAAAAAACGAGGCAUGCAGAGAAGUUAUUGAAUCUUUUUGGGGGAUGGGUAUUGACUUGAGCACGCCUGUAGGCAUUAUGGAGAACUUGAAGCACUGUGCCUUCGAAUUAUCAAUCUGGAGCUCAUCUGUGUAUGGCAAUAUUCCUAAGAAAAUUCAAUCUAAGCGAAACGCCUUGAGCAAUCUCACGCAGCAAGACAAAAAUGGGGAGCUAAGUUCUAAUAUUAGAUUUCUUCGGAGAGAGCUAAAUGAACUUCUGGAUGAUGAGGAACUGUACUGGGGCCAAAGAGCUAAAGCACACUGGCUUAAAGAGGGUAACAGGAACACCAAAUUUUUCCAUGCUUAUGCUUCGGAAAGUCCCACAUGGGUUGAAGAGGUUGCAGCGGCUAUUCCCACCAGGGUGUCUGAUGAUAUGAAUGAAAGCUUAACUCAAGUCUUCACCAGAGAGGAGGUAGCCACUGCCCUCAAACAAAUUCAUGCAACCAAAGCACCCGGACCCGAUGCUGGGAGAGAGGGUUGUAUGGCAGUCAAGCUCGAUAUGAGCAAGGCUUUCGAUAGGGUUGAAUGGGGUUUUAUUAAGCGGGUCAUGGAAAAAUUUGGUUUUUGCUCUAGAUGGGUGAAUCUCAUAAUGCAAUGUAUCACAUCAGUCUCUUAUUCAGUCAUUAUAAAUGGGGCUGCCUUCGGAAACAUCACUCCAUCUAGAGGACUUCGACAGGGAGAUCCCCUCUCUCCCAGUCUCUUCCUCCUUUGUGCUGAGUGUCUCUCAGCUAUUAUUCAUGAGGCUGUCAGAAAUCAUCUCCUCACAGGCAUUUCCAUUUGUAGAAGCAGCCCUAGUGUCACCUACCUUUUGUUUGCUGAUGACAGCAUCCUCUUUUGUAAGGCAAAUCCAAACGAAUGCCAGGAGCUCAAGCAAAUCCUUCAAAAAUACGAGGAUGCUUCGGGCCAGAAGAUAAACACUGAUAAAUCCUCUAUAUUCUUCAGCCCAAACACCUUCCAAAAUACAAAGGAAGCAAUCUUCUCCAUUUUGGGGCCGAUGAUUGACUCAAGACACACCAAGUAUCUUGGUCUUCCAUCCCUCAUUGGGAGAUAA